AUUUGUAGCUUAGCGUCGGGUGCUUCGCGUUGCUUGCAGGGCAAAUGACAGACGAAUAUAAGCGCUGUUUUGUUUUCUUUCUUCGUUUUAAAGGAAUCGUGCGUUUUGCACGCUGUUAUUGGUGUAAUUCAUCUGUGAUGUGUAUGACUGGUCAGAUUUGAUCGCCCACUGGACUGCUGUGAAGCAGCUGACACCGUCCUAAAUCUGAAGACAUUCCUGCACAGAUCCUUAUCAUCACACACACGAUGGAGCAUUUAUGAACGAGUGGCCAGUGUCUGCAUCUGAGCCGCGGCGUAGGCGUGUGUUAGCUCGGGCUGGCUGUAAACCCCGGCGGAUCUGCUCAAACGAGAGCUUAGAGCAGGGCAAUGCGUGGCGGAGCAGUGAUUUAGGAGAUGGGUGAGUAUGAGGACCGCCUGCAUGAGCUCGAGGGGGAGGCACGUUAUUUCCCCCCUCCACCGCGGCACCCAGGCGGCCGCGAGCGACUCCACAUCCAGAAGAGCAGCGUCUGCUCCAGGGCGUACUUCGUGGUGGUCAUGGCCUUCUUCCACAUCUAUAUAAUAAACAUCAUAGCUUUGCUGCUUUAUGUGCACUAUAACACGGGGUCUGGGGAGCAGGAUGUACCCCUGGAGAACAGUGCUGGUGCCCCUCGACCCAUGCCUGCUGAGCACCGGACCCCAUCCUCCGCAAGCCUGAGCCCUGAGCUCUCCUUCCAGCUGCCGCGCCUGGAGGGCAUCCGGGUUGGACAUGUGCAAAGAGUUUCUCUGGUUCCCGACCGGACCCAUAACAUGCGCACCCUCAGCUUGAAGCCUCUGCUGUUUGAGAUCCCGGGGUUCCUGAGUGUGGAGGAGAGCAGUGUGGUGAUGCAGCUGGCCCAGCUGAAGGGCCUGACCCACAGCUCUCUGCUCACAGCGCCAGACAGCCAGGAGGAGCAGCUCACUCAAGACCAGCUCUUCAGCCUGCUCGACCUCAACCAGGACGGCCUUCUGCAGAGAGAGGAGGUCAGACACAGUGCUGCCGCUUACAUGUAUCAGUUCAGUGGCUUCAAUAGAAUAAAAGAACAUUUAGGGUGUGUGUUUGCAGGAGUUUUGUCUCUGCAGGAGUUUAAGCGUGUCAGUGGUGGAGUGUUGCAAUACAGCGCCGCUGGCCAAGGCUUGGACGGACAUGCCAAGGUCAGGCAGAGAAGCACACACACUCGACUUUACCUCGGAGAGGGCACACACCACCUGCUGAAGAGCAUCAGAAACAGAGUGACCCGUUUAACGCGACUGCCGUCCUCAUUGGUCGAUCUCAGCGAGCCAAUGGAAGUCGUCCGUUAUGAGCAGGGCGGCUACAGCCACGCCCACCACGACAGCGGCCCCACCAAUCACGACAGCAGCUGCGCCCACACACACCUGGCAGCUAAUAACUCCGCAUCCAAGCAGGUCGCAUGCAGGUAUCUGACGGUCUUGCUGCAUCUGAACCCGGCGGAUGGAGGUGGAGAGACCAGCUUCCCUGUGGCUGACAACAGGACAUACGAGGAGGAGGUCUUAGGUGAUCUCUCUCAGCAGUACUGUGAUAAAGGUAAUCUAAAGGUCAAACCUGUAGCUGGAACCGCUCUGCUGUGGUAUAACCACCUCUCAGAUGGCAAUGGUUGGGUUGGAGAGCUGGAUGAAUUCUCUCUGCACGGCGACUGCUUAGUCACUCGGGGCUUCAAAUGGACAGGAAGUGUGUGGGUGAACAUCGACCCAGAGCAGCAGCGGCAGGAGCGCUACCAGCGUCUGGUCUCAUGGCAUCCAGACGGCCAAAGCAAAAAGCCCGAGCACGGAGACCUUCACCAAGACCUCUGAACCAGACGAUCAGACAGCUGAUCCAGAUUCAGUUUCUGCUAACGUGAAGCCGUGUUUAGGAAAGUAAAAGCUGGUGCAGUAAGAGAUACCCGCUGCUGUGAGCUUUACCUUUAUAUAGCUGUCAGCCCCUGCUCCGGUGACAUAUCAUUUAAUAUUCAUGAGUUCAACAGGGAAAUUGCUUUCAAUAAUAGCUAAACGUUCACUGAUACAUAGUUUGCUGGUGUCGCACAACUUAUUUAUUCCCUAUUUAUGAAAGACUUUUAGUCAGUGUGGUUCAAAGUUAUUAUUUAUUUGUCAAUUUGCUAUUUAUUUAAUUAUUUAUUCAUAUAUAUCAAAUGUGUGGUGUGCACACACACAUAUAAAUAUAGUCACAUAAUGUGUGUCUAUCUCAGGUUUGGUUACGCACAGGUUGUCUUUUUCCAUUUUAAUGCACUAUUGCAAGCAAAGAAAUUGUCAGAUAUGUAAGUUAAAUUAAUUAUGAAAUAAAGUCAUAUUUAUAGAAGA